UGCGAAGGGCACAACAAGUGCACGCGUGCGAACUGCCCAGGAUUCGUUUAGAGAUUUUUCAGUUUUGUAGAGCCAACCCAAGGGAGCCAGAACAUCCGCACUGCAGGCGUGUAGUGUAGUGUAGAGUGAGUGCUGUGCUGUGCCGUGCUGUGCAGUGCUGUGAAAGCGAAAGUGCAAAGCAGGUGUGAGUGCCACCAAGCGCGUGUGUGUGUGUCUGUGUGUUUAAAGUUAGCAAGUGUUUACCCAAAGUUGACACAACAAAAAAAAAAGAAGAAAUUUAUUAAAGCACAGCAAUAAACCGCUUUACACCUGCUCCACGUAGCUCCAUUGGCUUUUGGCUUUGCGCGCGAUUUUAUUUAAUCAUUUUUAAAAUAUUCUUUAUCGACGGGAAGCUGCGCGCGUCUCUCAGACAACUUGGCGAAAAUGUAACUCCCUCAUUAAGCGAAUAUUCAGUGUCGGCAAACAAAUAAAGUUAAUUUUGUGCACACGAUUGAAAGCAAUUGCCGUGUCAAAUUGUGUGCAGUGCGAUUAAAAUGAGUUAAAUUGGUGCCAAAGAGAAAAUAGUGAAAAUCAUUUGUAAAUGCAACGCCACCGAUUUGGUCAAUUUAAUUAAUUACCAUUAAUUGGCCCAACUUGAAUUUUGUGAAGAUAAUCAAAACCCGAGAGAGAGAAAAAGUAACAGAUCAGUUUUCGAUCGCAAUAUUGUUUUGUCGAGUACAACUUGGUUUUGUGCAUUUCGGAAUUAAAAACCUUGAAACCUAAACCUAAUUGGAGGACGAGAGAAAACCAGCAGCAAAACCAGCAGCAAAUAUGUAUUACUUUUGGAUAAUUGUUUUAUGUCUAGGAUUACUAGGAAUUAAGCCAACAAAUGGACAAUCGGAUGUGAAUGUUGAGCUGGUGGUGCCAAGGUAUGUGGAGCGAGGCUCAAGUGCCACAUUUAAAUGCAAGCACAACGUGGAAGAAAUGGUUUUAUUUAAGGUGACAUGGCUAAAGGUUGACAAGGGCAAAUUCUUCGAGUUUAUAAAUGGACGAAAUCCGCCCUUUCGCAAUUCAACUAUUGAAGGGGCUGAAAUCGAUUGGGAACGUUCGAACGAAACGCAGGUGACGUUGAAGAAUGUGCAAUUCGAUCUAUCCGGCCAGUUCUAUUGUGAGGUCUCGACGAAUACGCCCAUCUUCACCAAGCCAAGCGGCGAUGAGCUGAUGACCGUGUACUUGCCUCAAACAGCGCCUCCCACUAUUAAGUUCCGCAAGCGCACACCCUUCGUCAUUGGCGAGAAGCUUUUUGCGCUGUGCAACACAACUCGAGGCAGACCGGCGCCUCACAUCACCUGGCUAAUCAAUGGGAAAAAGGUGGAGGAGAAAUAUGUUCGCACGCAUCACGUCUACUCAUUCAAUGGCAAGCAUCAGCGUCGCACGCAGCAGCAGCAACAGACCCAGCUGACUCAGCAGCAGCUGCAACAUUACUAUCAGCAGCAGUAUUAUAACCAAUAUCAGUCCCAAUACCACGUCCACUUCAUGGAUCGCUACGACAAGAGUUUGCGUUGGGGCGGUGCACGCCCAGGAGAUGAUUUCUCACACUUUGCCCCACAUCAUGGACACGAUGGACAUGGCCAUCAUGGUGGCGUUGGCAGCAUCUACAAUAAUCCGUUUAGCUCGUUGGCCAAUUACCAUGACUUGGGCGAGAUACACGAGAUACAUCAGCGCAACUAUGACAUGAACAAGAAGCAUAUGGAGCAGAAGAAGCAACAGCAGAUGGAGAUGAAAAAACACAGGAACUCCAACCGCAAAUACCGACGCCAUAUCAACGAGAAUGCGCUGGGCAUUAUACGCAGCACCUUGAAUAGCGGGGGCUUUGGGCCCCAGGCGCCCAACAUGAAUAAGGAAUUGGGCAUACCAUCGAAUGCCGGACCCAUGAAUCAGUUGGCCGCCGGCUAUCAACGUCCGCUCUCGCAUCCCGGCGGCGGCAGCGGGGUGGCUGCCGCUGCGGCCGCAGUGACCGCUGCGCAGCAGGAGAAGGGCAUGUUCAGCAUUAGUCAGCUAAACCUGGAGAUAACGGAGCAGCAUGUGGGCAGUAAUGGACGCAUGGAGAUCACAUGCCUCUCCACGAUACCAUCGGCGGUCGGACAGGGAGAGCAGUAUGCCGAUUACAAAACGUUUUCGGUCAAAGUGGAGGUUGAACGAUAUCAGGUAUCUUCCACGUCGACAGCACCACCAAGCAUUGGCAUGGCGGCGCUCGGAAAUGGCAACGGCCACGGAAAUGAGACCUCGGCCGGGUGGAGAGCGCGUGGUGUUAUCCUGACGCAUCUGUGGUCUCUGGCGCCACUGCUUGUGUUCGUGCUGCUGCCACUGGGCUACUAAGCAGCUAUCUGCAGCAAAGUACGGAGCUGCUAUUAAACUGGAGGAGAGAAGACCACCGACAUAGUAAAAGGUACAGUAAUCCAAAACCAAGGACACUCACUGCAGCGACAUUAAGAGGAAGAGCAAGGACAACACAUGCAAGAUAGCUUUUACAUACACACACACAUGAUGUGCACCAAUUUUUCAUUUAUUUCUACAAAGGCUACAAAUUAGCCAGAGUAUUAAGCAGAAAAGGCAAAAAGAGAAAACUAUAGAGCGAGUGCAUGAACAAUAAUCAUUUUUUCGGCUCGUCCUGGCUAGCUAAUUCCCCACAGUUUAUUUGUAAAUAAUUGCAAAGCUGCUGCAAUAAACGAACGAACACAAAAACACAGAAGAGAAAUAUUUGUAAUUAAAUUGCAGUCAUUCUGAAAACGGAGACAAUUUUUGUAGCAUAGCGAAUUUUUGUAUAGUCAAUUGAGCAUUCCCCAAUGAAGUCCCAAGGAAGUGCUCCGACUGAAGCCAUUGAGAAAACUGAAAAGUGGACAAGGGAAUUGUUUUGCUUUUCGAAGGUCAGCCACAGUUGCAGUUGGCGUUUUCGACCUAGCCAGAAAUUUUUUGCAGUGAAAAAAAUACAAAAAAAAGGAGAAAAAAUAGAUGAGACCACAAAAACUAUAUUGGAAAAGUUUUUGGAGAACUUAAGCAGCCAUCAGCAGACUGCUUGGGCCAAUGUACCUAAAAAUGCAAAAGAAAAGUUAUGCAAACAAAUGAUAUUUUUUAUGGUGUUGUAAUGCUUUCGCUACUGAGAGAGAAUGUUGAGGAGAUAUUGAUAGAGAGAGAUGGCAAAUUUAAGGCUAAGUUAAAGGCAAAAUUGAAUUUAGGCCCUAGAAACAAAAAGUUAAUUAACCCCCCCAAAUGAAGAAAAUUAAAUGUUUAAAUGUAAAAUAAUUAGACAGUUAAACCAAGAAGCUUACAAAUACAAUCAGUGUUGAAAACAUUUUGAGACAACAACAACAAGAACAAAACAAAAAGUAAAGAAAUGUAAUGGAAUGUAAAGAAAAGGCGUUGAAAUGAGCGCAAUCUGCGGCACGUGGCGAAUCUAGAAAAGGGUCAACCCGAAUGGCUGAACUCCCUUUUUUGCGAUUGUCGCUAAAAGCCGCCUGUCCUCGUGCUAAACUUACACUUGCAAUUACACCGCUUAUUUAUUUGUACUCAUUUAGCCUUUAUUUGCGCUCUGUAAAUGGUAAAUGGUAAUUGUCGAAAUGGAUCGUCUAAUAAAUAAGAGUACGAGUAGUUAGGAAAUUAUAUUCAUUUUGCCCUUCGCACACUUUUCGUUUUCAAUUCUGUUUUCGGUCGUCGUAAGAUAUUUAUAUGUAUGUAUAAUCAUUGUGUAUGGAUAUAUACAUAUAUAUAUAUAUACAAUUUACUAGGAUAUUUUUCAAACGCGCUUUAAGUGUCUACUGCUAAACGAAAAUCCUCUUUAAACGCGUAGCAUACAUUGUAACUAAUUAAAAUACUUAUGUAUAGUCGUUAAGUCGGACAAGAACAAAAACCAAACACACACAAAAACCAAAGAGCACAGCGCAAAGUAAAUAUGUGUAAAGCAAGUAGCAAACUAGUCUAUAUAAUAACAUACACUAUAUGUGUGUGUGCAUCAUAUAACUAGCUGUUAGCAAUGAUUUUUAACUUCAAAAUCGAUGAAAGCUAAAGUAAAAAUCGAUAAUAUAUGUAAAUUAUAUAUAUAUGAAUAUUACGCCUGCAAAACAUUUUCCUACAGUUUGAUGAAAUAGCUAAACUAAAUUAAAUUUAAUAGAGUCGAACAAGUUUCGGCGCAAAUAGUUGAAACAUUUUCUAACGGUUGUUCAAAAAGGCAUUAGUUUUACAAUUAAACAUUAAACGAAAAAUGAAAAUUCAGAUUGAAAAAUGUAAACCCUUAGUUUCAGUUCAAGGUAUCAACAGCGUUUGGUGCAUUGAUAUAAACUGAAUGCUUUAUUGAAAUAACAACAUACAAACAAUACAAUUUUUUAUAAACGAAAACGAAAUGAUAAAUGCAACUUACAAGAAGUAUAUACUCGUAAUUACAUACAACAUGGUAUAACAAAGUUCAUAUUAUAUAUAAAAAGAUAUGGCUAAAAUGUCUUAUGCAGGUAUUGACGUCUUCCUAUGCUACGCUGUCUAUUAUUAACUAAACAAAUAAUUAAUAAACAAAAAUGAAAACAUUUAUAAAAUAUACUAUAAUUAACUAGCUAAUAGGUAUAUUCUAAUAUAUGCAAAAAUAAGUACUUACAUGUGUAUAUUGUGUGUGUUGAAUUGAUAACAUUUGCAAGAGAAUGGUCGAAAUGAAGUACACUCAGAUUAUACAAAGAAAGUAUAUAAGCUUUAACUAUAAAUGAUUUAUUUUAAGUGAGAAUCUAUGGACUUUUACUUUUUCCAUUUGUGUUACAACACUUUUGUUUUAAGUUCAUUCAUGCAGAAUUCAUUACAAUGACGUGAAUUAGUUUCAAAUUCUACGGGCAAAUGUUUCCCACCAAUCUAUACCCUCUACUUUCCACUCCAAUUCAUUUCUCAAUUCAUUGCAUACAAAACGUACAUACUCAUAAGGAAUAUUUGUUUCAAAAAACGAAACAAUCUCUUACUAACUCAAUAUCUACCUAUCAUACUCGUACAUUACGUGUAAAUCUGUGUGUUGUGUCUCGAAUCCAUUCAUCCAAUAUCUGUGUGUUAAUGCUUUAAUUCUACGGAAGUAAGUCCAUGCACUGAUCCAAGCAUGUUAACAUGUACACAUGUCUAAUUAAGCGAUGACCGAUAUCUAUAUCAAUAUAUAUACAUACAAAAUUAUAUACGACAUAACUCGUUAAAAAAAGUUCUAUGAACAUUUGAAAAUUUAACUGUCACAGCAAUUCGCAAAACAUAUCAUAAAUGUUGUACAAUUUUCUGUGUUAAAGUGGAAAAAACAAAAACCAAAAAAAAGAAGAACGAUAUAUUAAAAUUGAAUAAAUCAUAUAAGAUAUAUGUUUAUGCCUUGACAGGUGUCUUUAAGAAAUUUGUCCAAACUUUCCCGCAAAUACUAUCAGUUAAAAUUAAAGGGAUGUUAUUAACACCUAGAGGUCAUUAAAGUAUUUGACGGAUAAUUUAAAAUUGAUCUGCAUCUGAACACAUAUGAAACCACAAACCGCAACAAAAAUCGAGAGACAAUGGCAGCAAUUAACAGUAAAGCAUCAGAGUGGGUGGCAGACAUAAUUGCAAUUAACAUAAUUUAAUAAAAAUUUAAUUGUUUAAUUGUGCUUUUUGUAAAGAGGCACCAAUAUGCAAAUUAACAUAAAGCAGAAUAAUCAUUGAAUAUAAUUUCACACACAGCAACAUUGAUAUGAAACACACAAAGAGCAUUUUGUGAACUCCGAAUGCGCCUACUUUACACAAAUAUACACAACAAACAAAGAAAAUAAUAUAUAUAUAUAUAUAUACUCACUUAUACAUAUGCACAUACUUGUAUUUUAUAGUAUGAAAACAACAUUUUGAAGUGCAUUCAGGUUAUAUUUUUGUAAUCGAAACAUCUGGUACCUACAUAUAUCAUUUCACUAACACGCAUCAAAUUCUUCCAGUUACACAUAUCAUUGCGUAUUAAUCCAAUACACUUUAACAUAGUAUAUACAUACAUUCAUACAUAUAUCAAAAGUGUGAAGGUAUAUAGCAUUAUAAUUCCAAUUAAAUUAGUUGAAAACAAUUAACUCAGAGUUUGUUUUACACACUCACACAUAAUGAGAACACAGCGAAAUAUCGCAGAUAUCAUUCAUUGUUUAUUUAUUAAAUAUUUAAAGUAAAAAAAUAUAUAUGAUAUACUUAUAUGCAUGCUUAUACACAUGUGAGAAAUGUCAUUAAUUUAAAAAUUAAUUUAAAUCAAUUCGUUGAGUUAUCCUUUGUUGAAUAUAUUGUAAUAAAUAUUGUACUAUAAACUAAGGUAUAGGUAAAUAGCUACUAAAUGGCUGCAAUGCGGAGAUUAUUGUACCACAAUUAACAAGUAAAUUAAAUAAUAAUUAAAUAAAAUAAAUGAAUGAAUAUUUAUUUAUAGAUAAAGGCAUACCAAACGACGCAUCAAUGAGGCACUUGUAAAAACUGCAACCUAUGCAAAUAAUAAAUAAAUAAAUAAAUACUUAUAUACAAUGAGUAACUUAUGUGUAUGUAUGUACUUAUUAUUAAUACAUUAAGUGCGUAGUAUAUACGAAUAAAUGUGUACAAUUCAAUGGCUACCAAACGAAAACAAAAACAAAAACCGAAACAGAAUAAUACUAUUGAAAACCAAGCAAAACAAUUACAAUUCAAGAACAGAAGAAAUACAUUAAAAUUCAGCUCUUAAUAUGACGCCUACUGCUUGGCUAGUCAACAAUUGAAAAAAAAAAUCACUUAUAAAAUACGAAUAUGAUUAUUUGUGGUAAAAUGAAGAAACUAAACAUUACGAAAUAAAUGUUGAAA